CCAUCUCAGUCGCGUUUCGGACAGCCCGCGGGACGGACCGAUUGAGACUUGGGUCGUGGGCAAUGGGAAUGGAUCGAACUUCGAGCAGCAGUGUGGCAGAACUUGGCGCAGCAGAUGGCGCGGGGGCCAAGGUGGCGGACCAUCAAGAUUACGCCGAGGCCCUGUCCCUCGCCAGCCGGCGUCGCAAGCGGCGAUGGAAUAUUCGCUCGUGCAGCACCCUGGAUCUCUUGAGUGUGGCGGCUGUCGUCCUCGCGCUGCUGCUCAUCUUAGGCGCCAUUUACAUGCACUUAAAACAGAGGUCCCAUCUGGGGCGCUUGCACAUCCCUCGGCGGGAGAAGGGGAAGGAGCUGCUGGACGCGAAGGCAUUGUCCAUUUCGCUGGAUGUUGCAGCUGGCGUGGCUGCCCAGAGCAUAACUACAGUCCGGCCAUCGCUGCUGGAGCCGAGCGAGGACUGCCUGCCAUGCAUCGCAGUGGCCGCCACAGACAAUCAGGCAGCAACGUGCGGGGGCAUGCCGUGCGGCAUCUAUCGCAUCUCAUGGCUGUACUGGAUGGACGCCCAGGGGACUAGUGACCCGGACAACCAGCCACUUACGCAGGCAGACUACGAGGGCUGCGUGCCAGUUGCCAGCUGCGCCGAGGGGCUUGUGCGCAGCUAUGUGAAGCGUUUCGGCUAUGACUGCGAUGGAGAUGGCCUGAUUGGGUGUCGGGAUCACGUAAUUCUGCACCUGAACGGACCCACGGGCUGCCGCAUGGGAAAGCCCCUAUCCGCCCUCGCCGAGCGACGAAUGAAUAAAUGUUUUUCCAAAAAAGACCUUCAGUAGAA